AUGACUGCGCCGGGUAAAGGGUCGCGAUGGGGAGCGUUCCUCUCGUCGGCCUUUGAAGGCGUCGAGAAUCGUCUCGACAACUUACUUGACGAAGACCAACAGGCGGCACAAGGAUAUGAGCAGCAGCAGGGAAUGAAGGCCGCGCCCGCGCCAUCACCAAGCCCUAAACCUACUGCAUCUGCUGCCGCUCCGAAGCCGAAUCGUGCCAAUGAUCGUCUACAAGCCAGGUUGGCCAAGGCUAUGGCCUCACGAACCUCACAAUCAUCGCCUCGCAGCUCCAUCGAUACUUCUCGCAGUUCAGUUGACAAGGAGCGCCCUGCCAGCACUGAACCUGUUGUGACGAGACAAAGCAUCGAGGUAUCGGAACCCAAACUAACUGAACCCGACAUCCAAGUCGACAAGUCAACCUCCUCUGACAGCCCAGCUUCCGCCCCGACAGUAGAACAACCAGCGACAUCCGAGGAAAGCGACAGUAGGGAGAUCACUGAACAAAACUUCAAGCAUGAUUUCCCCACCCCGAUUAUCGUUGAGCCACCUUCUCAGGCCGAACCUCACAGUGCUCCGGAACAAGAAGUCACGGACAAAUCCGAGGUCCAACUAAUAUCUAACAGCCCAAUACCGGAUACUAGGCAUCCUGUAGAGGCACCACAGAUCGUAGAUGCUCCAGUCGAAGAGCCACAGAAAGACCAGGACGCCACCCAAGCUCCCACGCCUCGUUCAGAAGAGAUUCAUGAGUACAUUGAGCAAAUCGACUCACUACAGGCCAAACUGCAGUUUCUAUCUAAAAAUGCCGCUGAUGCAGCUAGGCAGGCUGCAAGUUCUGCUGAAGCGGGUAGUGUAGAGCGGAAAUUGGCCGAAAAGGAUGAGAAGAUCGCUCUGCUGAUGGAGGAAGGACAAAAGCUUUCAACUUCAGAGCAAAAGUUCCGAACAACUGUUCGCAAGCUACGCGCCCAGAUUGUAGACAAUGAGAAACAGGCCAACGAACUCAAAAAGGGCAAAGAAAAAGCUCUGGCCGAGGCGGAGUCCCUACGUAGUCGAAUCAACAGCAAGGAAGAGCAAGACAAGAGAAACGAGGAAGUGCGAAAAGCGAGCGUUGCCCUGAAGAAGGAAAUCGAUGCCCUGAAGAAAGACAAAGCAGUCAAGGAGGAGGCCUAUCGACGUCUGGAGCAAGAAUCUAAAGCCAAGGCUGAGCAAGCACAAGCCGCCCACACUGAGGCUUUGAAAAAGGCGCUGGAUGUUGAGAAGAAGAAACAGCAGGAACUUGACCAUACUAUCGCGUCACUGCAGUCAGAAAAAGAGGCAUUGGUUGAGAAAUUGCGCCUGACCGAGGUUGAGUGGCAAGAGAAGCUAGACCGAGCAUUAGAACGUGGUCGGAAUACUGAAGAAGAGUUAAAACUAGAGCUGAGAGCGGCAGAGGGCAAACUCGAGGCAAUGAGAGUGGCGGCCGAGGAGGCUUCUGCAGGAUCAGGUGGUGACAUCAAGUUGAUACGACAUAUUGAAACCCUCCAAUCGCAGUAUGCAUCAGCCAGCGAGAACUGGCAAGGUAUAGAAACCUCACUCCUGACAAAGGCUGCCAGCCUUGAAAAGGAGAGGGACGAAGCACAACGGCGAGAGUCAGAAAUGCGGAAGAAGGCUCGUGACGCGGCAACUCGGUACAAGCGUCUCGAAGAUGAGCUUCAAGACGUCAGUCCAGCUCUCACAAUCGCUCGGCAGGAGCUCGAGACAUGUCGUGAAGAGCUUGCUGCCCUCAGAAUCCAACACAAGAGCGCGGAGACGGCGCUUGAACAGGCACGAAACGAGCUCGAGAAGCAACAGCGAGCGGCGAGUAGGGAGGUGUCCGCUGAAGCCGAACGAAGGCAAUGGGCAGACGACGUUGCUACAAGCACGCCCAAGUCUCAGAGCAGACCCGAUUCCCCAUUACUCUCUGUUGCCCGGACCUUUAGCUCGGACUUCAUCGGGCUUCCUGUACCAGCAAGACAGCCUCGCCGAGUUCCCACACCGGGAAGCCAAACCGACAGCGCCGGCGAUGGCUUCUUCUUUGGCCGAAGAAUGUCCAGUCAACCUCCUCGCCCUAGUGCUUUGUCCACCGCCGGGCAUGCGAUACCUCCUCCACCCCCUUUCUCGCCUUUUGAGCCACCUACUGAGUCACCGCGCGCUGCAUCACCGCCACCAGAUCGUGACGAUGGUCUAGAUGACGGCGACCCUUCAUCUCCCCGCAACGUUGCGCAAGACAUGAUUUCGGUAUCGACAGUUGGGGCUGGUCCUUCCGUUCAACUCGUUGAGAGAAUGAGCGCGGCAAUUCGUCGACUGGAAGCCGAGAAGGUGGCUGCCAAAGAAGAAAUGGCUCGCGUAUGCAGCCAGCGAGAUGAAGCACGAUCUGAUAUCGUGAACCUGAUGACAGAGCUGGAAACACAAAAGAGCGCUUCAGCACGAGUAACAGAGCUAGAAGCAGAAGUGGAGAACAUCAACUCGCGAUACCAGACAACAUUAGAGAUGCUGGGCGAGAAGAGCGAGCUCGUUGAGGAGCUCAAAGCUGACGUUCAGGACGUCAAGGACAUGUAUCGCGAGUUGGUAGAACGGACCGUGAUGAAGUAA